AUGGCUGCCAAGGUCGGAAUUCCUAAUCAGGAGGACCAGGCAUGGAAGAGGACAGCACUUUGUACGCCAGACCUCUUUGUGGACGGUGGUGGGCUCGAUGCCAUCGACGAAGUCGUCUUCGUGCAGGCAAUGCACUACUCUGCAACGAGGACGUCGCUGCCGUCGCCGCCCCCCAGGUUGGUGGUGUUCGCCUCUUCGGCAAGUGGGAAGGCGAUCAGGAUUCGCGGAUGCAGAGCGGGACAAACAAUCAGCUCGCCAGACAUGAUGGACGCCAACGGAGGAAGUCAUCCCACCCGCAGCAACUCGGACCCCCAGGAGGUCGAGGUCAAGGACAUCUCCCUGACCGACUACAUUGCCCUCCGCAAUGCCGUCUACACCCCCCACACCGCUGGCCGCUACCAGAAGAAGGCCUUCAAGAAGGCCCAGACCCCCAUCGUCGAGCGCCUGGUCAACUCGCUCAUGAUGCACGGCCGCAACAACGGCAAGAAGCUCAUGGCCGUCCGCAUCGUCGCCCACGCCUUUGAGAUCAUCAACCUGCUCACCGACGCCAACCCCAUCCAGAUCCUCGUCGACGCCAUCAUCAACACUGGUCCCCGUGAGGACUCGACCCGUAUCGGCUCGGCUGGUACCGUCCGUCGCCAGGCCGUCGACGUGUCGCCUCUCCGCCGUGUCAACACCGCCAUCACCCUGCUCACCACCGGUACCCGCGAGUCGGCCUUCCGCAACGUCAAGUCGAUCGCCGAGUGCCUCGCCGACGAGCUGAUCAACGCCGCCAAGGGUUCGUCCAACUCGUACGCCAUCAAGAAGCGUGACGAGAUGGAGCGUGUUGCCCGCUCCAACCGUUAA